AUGGCUUCGGUUCCAAGCGAAAAUGAUAGGAAUAUCAAGAAGAAAAUACUGAACGCUGCUAGAUCUAUAAGAAAAAAGUAUUUGGCUUUAAAGCUGGAGAGAAAAGAGGAAGAUGAGGCACUUGAUAGGAUAAUAAACCCUAUAACUGAACCUCUAAGAGAGUUUGUUGAGAAAAUGGUUGGCAGAAAAGUCCAAGUUAAACAUGAAAAAGUUAAGCUCGAAGCUCCUAAAACGUAUUUUGAAUCUGAACCGAAACUUCCUAGAAAUGUAGAGUUCCAACCAGCAGAGAUUAUUGCUCAAACGAGUAAGAAUUUAAAAAGUGAUGAUGAUGAUGAUGAUGAUGAUGAUGAUGGCGCUGAGGAUGUCUUUUAUGAACCCUUACAACAUUUGAAAGAAGAUCUGCAGAAAUCAAUUCACGAUAGAUCAGGAGCGUAUGAAGAAUUUUUAGAUCAGUAUCCCAAAGUAGCACAAGAGUAUGUAGAUAGAUACUAUAAACAAUCGGAUGAAAUAGACCAUUCUUAUGGCUUGAAACAUGAUAUGAAAACCGAUGAUUGGUCUAUGGGAUCACAAAAAGUCAACUUUCUCCCGAAUGGAGAUAUUAAAGUCGGGGGUGAAUCUUAUAAAGGAACGCAGGGCUUAUAUGAUCUUUUAUUUCUGAAAAAGCCGAUCUAUCAGACGAAGGAUGAUAAGUUGCAGUUUACGGAUAUUCUAAACAGGACCAAUGUUCAUCGAAGAGAUUUUGAUCCAUCCAAACAGGUUCUAAUGGAGAACGACAGUAGAGCAAGAACUAUCUUAAAUUUAGCGCUUCGCUCCGAGAAAGUCGAAGGAAGUAGAAAGAGGGCCCGUAAAAAUUUAUUAUCCCUCAUUAAAGAUGCCGAGAGUAAUCCAGCUGAACAUUUAGGUGUUUCAACUGAUAGAAGUGAAUUGUUAACUCUACAACAAGAUGGAAUGGACAGUGUUGAGGAAAAAAAUGAAGAAAUAGACACUGGUUGUUUAUCCAAUGAUUCUAUGAUGAUUUCUUGUCAAGAAGAACCCUCUUCUGAGUGUGAAGUCCAAUUUUCCAUUACAGAAAUGUUUCCUGAAGUUUCUCCUCGUAAGGCAGAAGUGACGAAUUCGAAUAUUGUAGUAACUCAGUCUAAUGCAGACGAUAUCACUAUAAAUACUGCUCAAGAAGACUUUCCUGCUUAUGAUAUAUCGCCAGCAGUAAGCGCAAUAGAAGGAUUAAACCAAAUUGAUACCGCUGAAACACCUAUAUAUCAUGAGAUGGAACCAUACAACAUCACUAAUGAUGGUCAGUCUCCCAAAGAAUCUUUAGCGCUAAACGACGAUUCAAAUGUAUCUGAAAUAGGCAUUUUAGAAGAAGGCGCUGGAAAAGAGAAUUUGAUUCUUCCGUCAACUUCUGCUGGUAAUAAAAGACCAAAACGCAGAGUUAAACAAAAGAGUGUUGCUUAUUUGGACUAUUUAUCUGAUGACGAAGUACUUUUCACUGACAAUGAUUCUGAUGUAUGGGAAGAAGAGCUAAGUUCGUCGUCCGAGGAUGAGGUAAAUCAAAAUUUCAAAGGGAAACAAAAAAAAAAUAUUAACAAAGAAAAAAAAAAUAAUAAUGAUGCAGAAGAAGAAGAUAAGAAUAUAGUCGGAGAAUUAGGUAAAAUUACCAAGAAACCAAAUAAAAGAGCACUAAAGAAAAAGGCUAAACAAUCCGGCCAAGAAUAUGUUAAAUCCGAUGGAACUGUGGUACCAGCAAAACAAAUAAAGCCAAAUCCCUGUUCAGGUAAAAAAUGUGGAAAUAACUGUGAAAAUAUAUCUGAUGAGAGGAGAAAACUCAUUUUUGAUCAUUUCUGGAACCUUUCUGUGGAUCGUCGUAAAGAUUGGAUUGUUGCCAUGUCACAAAAAUCAAUGGUUAAGAGAAAAAGAUCUACAGAGUCUGAGAAGCGCCAGUUUACUUUCAAAUACUUUAUAAAUGAAGGAGAAGGCAAACGAUCCAUCUGCCUCCAGUUUUUAUGUAAUACAUUGGAUGUUUCUCAAAAGUUUAUCUAUUAUACUGUAAGCAACGCUUCAUUUGGUUCUGCUCAAGAAGAUUUACGCGGCAAAAGUAUACCACCAAACAAAACGAAAGAAGGACCUAUAUUGCAAGUAAUGAAUUUUAUAAAAAGUCUACCAGCUGUACCAUCGCAUUACAGUCGAAAGGAUUCAAACCGUUUAUAUCUUCCACAAGAGCUUAAAAAUCUAUCCCAUUUGUACCAGGUAUACAAAAAGAAUCACAUUGAGCAGGGAAUUGAUGUAGUGGGAGAAAGGGUAUUUCGAAAUAUCUUCAACAAAAAUUUCAACAUUGGGUUUCACGUGCCCAAAAAAGACAAAUGUUUACAAUGUAUUCGGUUCGAAAGGACAGACAAGGCUGAUGAGAAUAUGCAGAAGGCUAAACAAGAUCAUGAAACAGAGAAAAAUCAUUCCUAUAAUCAAUCGUUUUAA